AUGGAGAUCUGUCAGAAAGCAAACGAUUACCACAUUCUGGUAAUCAUUGCCGACGGUCAAGUAACCAAUGAACGUGCCACACGACGUGCAAUUGUGCAGGCCUGCCAGUACCCGUUAUCGAUUAUUGUCGUUGGUGUGGGUGAUGGGCCAUGGGAAAUGAUGAGGGUAUUCGACGAGUCUUUACCCAAACGUCCAUGGGACAACUUCCACUUCACAGAGUUCCAUGAGAUCAUGCGGCGAGCGUCUGGACAAUCUGAGGGCGAUGUGAAGUUAGCUGUACAAUCGUUGCUGGAGAUUCCCGAUCAAUACCGAUGCAUCUGCGAAUUAGGUCUUCUGAAGAAUCGAUCGAUACCACCUCGUGGCUCUGAAAUUCGCAAAGAAAUGAUGUCCAAGUAG